AUGUUCAGACGGACCAUUUUCCGAAAAACGGGCUCCGUAGGGGAGGGAGCAUCUGGCCAGCAGAUAGGGAUGUAGAUCUGUGUAUCUUCGCUCUACGAAUACGAAGAAGGUGGAACGACCGUCUCUGGUGACCGCUGGUGCCUCACGAUGACGACGAACGAGUGCGGCUGCUGUUGGGUCGGAUGGUCUCCGUCGUGAUGGGGUGAGACCGUCUUACGACGAAAGGACAGUAUCCUGCAGCACGUGUAGGGUUCUGACAGUAGCGGUGAUGGACAGACCCUUCAAGGUUUCCGUGACGGUGAGAGGCCUUCACCAAGUGACGGCGAGAGACGGCUCCCUCCGAAGCACAGCAGAGGAAUAUCGAUUGUGAUUCAGGGGCAGAAGAGGUCGAGGAGGUAGUGGACGAAGUCGACAGCGAAAGGACAAGCCAAGAAGAGACCCGACCUGAUGCGUCAGAGGGCACAAAGAAAACACAACAAAUCCCAGGGUCUACGCGGAAGUGGCAAAGGGAGCAAUUAACAGCCUUCCGACCGGGCCAGCCGAAUUCUCGUCCGUUGUCGAAGACACGCUGGGAAUGUGUGAGGGGUUUAGGGCUUUAUUGGAGCCGCUAGUAGUCAAGUUGGACAAGAUGGACCAUGUGGCGAAGACGAUCCUGGCACUACGGGCUUUCCUCCUCAAGAUCUUGGGAGAGAGGAUCGACCAGCCUCCCACCUCGGAUCGGGCAGCCCAAUUUACGGGGAGCCGGAGGAAGGCCCACGAGGAUCAACUGCAGACAUUCAUUUGCAACAAAGAAAUCAAGCGGUGCAAAUUUCGACACGCUUAGGUUGCAGUCAAUGUUGCGCACCAUCGCCCCUGGGAUCAAAGUAGAUUCAGCGGAGGAAUCGGGGGACGGUAACGGAGCCGGUAUUGCCGUAGCGGCGUUUCUUCGACACAGGGGUGGGGGGCCAUAGCAGAAAGGGGAGGGAAUAUGAAGCCUCCAACUUUCAGAUAUUUACGUGAUUGCAUGCGGGAGUAGGGUGAUGUUGAUGCCCCCUGGGCUACGAUUGUAUUUGUUUUUUCUCUUUGCCAUUUAGGGUGUUUUAAGAGACGUGGAAGUCAUUAGUUCACCAAUCAACCAGCUUUUUGUAGCUUCGUGCACACGGAUACCCCGUAGAAAGGGACUCAGCAAUGUACUACAUGAACGAGGUCUCUGUCGUCGGCGAUGACCUUAAAGCUCUGCAGUGAACACACAAGAAUAUUGCAGAGGAAACCGCGUGUGCGCCACACGUGUUGUUGUUGAUGUGUUUUAUUUUCACAUUUAAAACAACCGAUUCCGCUGCUGCGGAUAACUUCUGCUGUCACAAGAGCCACUACUCACAAGAAAACAACGAAGAAGAAACAAUUGGCCCACACAAACACCUUGGCAAAAAAAAAAAAACAGGAAGUAGAAAGGGACCUACACACCAUCACAAAGGCGACCUAGGACAAAAAAAACAAAGCAAGAUGGCCAGUGCUCCCGCUCGGCGCGCGACGCCAUACAAAAAAAUGUAGAAAAAAGAAUCAAGUGUCAAGGCAAGAGGAAAAACCAAACUCGUGAAGACAUCGUUUCACCACAAGCACGCAUUGGCCGCCGGGGUGGAACCGGCUGGCGUUCCCCAAGGCAUGCCUUUGACAAGUAUGUCUCCUUCCCCACACGGGCAAAUCAACUAGACACUUAUGCUACCCUGUUAGGAUGAUCCGAACUGGGGGUAGCUUGUCGCAAGACGUGUGUUGAAUAGGGUGUCGGCAACUCGGCGAGCUCGCGCCAAGGAGGAAAGACGUGUAGGGUUUGUUGCAUAAACUUCUUCUUCACAUGAACUCACAUGAACUUACAUAAAACACUGAACGCACGCGUGCACGCACCACCAUGAGGGGGCGACGCAGUAUACAACAGGGGUACCUUGCACAUCCUGUAAAUACAUUCCACGUACCACACAAUCCUACAACCACUUGGCAUUGCUACAAGUAUAUCUAUCAGCCCCCCUGCUUGUGACCAUGCCAUGUCUUUUUCGAUCCUCAACAACUCCAAAACACAAGAAAAUAAAAUCAGAAACUCCACUCAACUCUAGAACAAUAGCCUCAUUGGCUAGACAUCAAUAACCAUCCCCGAUCAUACCAGUUAUACUUCUUCGAACUUCAGUGAACUUGUUGCCCCCCAGCCUAGAACAUCAUCCAUUGAGAAAAACCAUAGGCAAAAAUGUAAAAUGUUGCCACCCCAGUUGUUUGAUCACACACAAAAUAAACCCGAACACCAAGAUAUUAAUCCAUACUCAUCACGUAGUUACGAUGAAACUCAAAAUCUCCCGCGUGAAGUGCUUUCGUGAGAAAGUCAGCAUGUUGAUACGCCGAUUCCACGUGAAAAAUCGAAAUCUCCUUCCUGCCUACCAGUUCCCUGAUAAAGUGGUGCCUUACGUCGAUGUGCUUCGAGUUACUGUUGCUUAUCGGGUUUUGCGCCAACUGAAUAGCCCCUUGGUUAUCCUCGAACACCGGAAUACAUGG